AUGUUCCCGAGCCCGAGCAGGGAGGCAAUGCUGGCGUUGGAGAAACGACGUCUCGCGGAGAAGGUUGUAAGGUUGUUCCAUGUUUUAGAGCUGCCAUACAAGCGCGGGCGGUACUUUGACGAUCUCAACGAGCUGGCUACCGAGUACGUUUUGGACGCGGCAGCCGACGACACGCUUCUACAGGCCUUCCCGUUCGAAUGGGUUAUGAAACUCGUCGCUACCCGACGGUGGAAGCUGGAGAAGUACGGUAGGACGGAAGCUGUCUGGUGA